ACAAGCUCAGCUCAAAAAAUUUAGAGUGCUUCCCUCCCCAUUCGUCUGCAAGCCGGUCGUGAUGCGGUGCUUGUGCCGACCCAGCGCUCCGGUGCGGCGCUUAAGCCGGCAUUGCGCCUGAAACACCCGGAACAGCCCCUGUACAUCAACCCCUGAACCCUGAAACUAACAAAUUGUUGUUGGUUGUCAUCUUCACGAUGAAAUCUUCAUCUCAUAAUUACAGCCUCGUUCUAUCCAAAACGUGUUAUUUCAGCGCAAAGUCUCAAUAAUCUCAUCUGGGACACUCAAAGGCUACUUUUAGCCCCGCCCCCUUAUCCCCUCAAAUCUGUGGGACAAUUUAGUCUCUCCCCUGACCCUCGCUCCCACCUGUCCGCCACUUGUUCAACAACGAGCAUAUCUACCCCCAAGCUUUCAACAUGCGCAUCAUCUCCAUCCUAAUUCUCCUUGCGUUCAUGGGGUAUACCGUUUGGCUGGCCGACUACAGCAAACGUCCAGAACUUCACCCCGCGGAGACGCACGUACUCGAUAUGACUGUAUACGGCCUGACCGGGGGAAUCAUCAUCAACACCCUCUGCGCCCUUUUCGCCCGCACCAUAGACCCAGAAGUUGCCCCUGGAACCGAGAUUCUGUCUUGUUCACCUUUCGGGGUUGGCACGGCAGCUAUCGUGGCAAGGUCGCAGGUAUUUGCCACAGGUGGAUGGAGCCGCUUGGAGUGGGCUUAUGUCAAGAUCAUGCCUUCGACGACAACGAAAGCACUCUUGGUGGACUUGAGGGAGCUGAGUGGGAUACUAGGGCUGGAGUUGGGAGUCAAGGACGGGGUCGAUGAUUCGCGAGGGGAGUUAUGAGGUGUGUUGGUGUGUUGAGGAUCAUCUGGGAGUUAGUAAACUACCACGUUAGGAAUAAGGGUUGACUAUGUUAUCAUACUGUGUAAAAACCCAGUGUUAAUGAAGAGUAGUAUUUGUUGAUAGUCUAUCCCAAGGUCAAGAUUCCCGGCGAGACUUAUGGUCUCUGAAACUCAGUUGGUUUCACGCGGUAGGUAAACCGCCUGGGAGAUCAACACUCCAUAGGGCAAAACAAGCACUUGACGAUGAACCAAU